CAUAUUCAGAACAAAAUGGAGGAAUCGAAUACAACGCAGAAUGAUUUGCCAUCUAGCAAAGACACAUCCCUGACCAAGUCAAGUGUCAACCUAGAUAAAGCAACAGUAUCCGACUUAUUUGCAAAGCUCCGCUUGGGAGAGAGGCCAAGUGAAAAUGACAAGAAAGCAAAAGAUGUCGAAUCUUACAAAUUCUGGAAGACGCAGCCAGUACCACAAUUCAAUGAUGAUGGAGGUAAAAGUAGGGGAGGACCUAUCAAAGUGAUCAAUCUAGAUGAAGUGCCAAAAAGUCCCUACCCAAUAUUAGAUGGUUUUGAGUGGGGAACAAUCGACCCAGAGGAUGAGAAGGAGGAUGAUGAUUCGACCUUCCGACUCAACUACUCGCCGGUGUUUCUGAGAUGGGCCUUAACUGCUCCAGGCUGGCAGAAGCAAUGGCAUAUCGGAGUUCGCGCUUCCACAUCGCAAAAACUAGUCGCCUUCAUUAGCGGUUUACCGGCCAACAUCAAUGUUCAUACACAAACGAUUAAGGUCAUCGAAAUCAACUUUUUGUGUAUUCACAAAAAGCUUCGCUCAAAGCGUCUGGCGCCACUCUUGAUCAGGGAGAUCACCCGGCGCUGCUACCUCCAAGGCAUCUACCAGGCCAUCUAUACCGCUGCGGCAGUCUUGCCCACUCCGGUGGCAUCAUGUCGAUACUAUCAUCGUCCCCUGAACUGGCUUAAGCUGUACGAGUCCGGCUUUUCGGGCAUGCCAGGGAACUCCACAAAGGCCCGACAGGUUGCAAAGUAUCAUCUGCCAAGCACUACCCAAACGCCCGGCCUGCGUCUCAUGCAAGCGGAUGACCUCGAUGCCGUCCAUGAGCUGCUGGGGCGAUAUCUGCAACGAUUUGACAUCAGUCCGACAUUCAGCAUAGACGAGCUACGGCAUUUAUUGUUCUUUGGAGCCGGUCAGGCGAAAGAUUCCUCUAGCAAACGGGUGGUAUGGUCGUAUGUUGUGGAAGAUCAAGAAACCCAGAAGAUCACGGAUUUUGUCUCUUUUUACUCCAUCGAAUCCGCGGUGCUCUCUCAUUCCCAGAACGAUGUGAUUCGAACGGCAUAUCUGUAUUACUAUGCAACGACAGAUAACACUCCAAACCUUCAGCAGCGCAUCCAGGGCCUUAUAAACGAUGCCCUUAUUUUGGCGAAAAAGGCUCAGUUUGAUGUGUUCAAUGCACUUCAUCUUCAGGACAACGACCUAUUCUUAGAAAAGCUUCGCUUCGGCCCUGGCGAUGGCCGGCUUCAUUACUACCUCUUCAAUUAUCAGGUGGGCCCAGCGGUCAAUGAGGAUACUUCAGAUAGUUUGGACAGCCAGAGGCCUGGAGGUAUGGGUGUGGUCAUGUUAUAG